UCCCACGUUAAGCAAACUCAGCGUAGCUGGAUGUUAAGUGCAGCUCAACGCCCCCUCCAACUCCAAGAAUUUAAGAUUCAGUAGCCCAUAUAUAUAGCUAUACAUAUAGACGUCCUGUUUUAGUCUCUUCAGUCUUCGCUUUGUUAUUAUCGCCGUCGCCUUCUUCACUUCAAUCGACCAUGCAAGUCCUUCAAUCUUCAUCUCUUCGAGCUUCCUCUCUAAACCCUCUCCAAAACCCCAAACCCAAAUCCCAUUUCCCCCAUGUAUCAAGACUCCCUCCCAGGCCGACCAAGAAAUUCUCUCCCAUCACCGCUUCAUCGCCCACCCUUUCUGCUCCCAAGCGCGAGAAGGACCCCAAGAAACGGGUAGUUAUUACGGGCAUGGGGUUGGUUUCCGUUUUCGGGAACGAUGUGGAUGCUUACUAUGAUAAGCUGCUGGCUGGAGAGAGCGGGAUCGGACUCAUCGAUCGUUUCGAUGCUUCCAAGUUCCCCACUCGGUUCGCCGGUCAGAUCCGGGGGUUCAGUUCUGAAGGUUACAUUGAUGGAAAGAACGAUAGGAGGCUUGACGAUUGUUUGAGGUACUGUAUUGUUGCUGGCAAGAAGGCUUUGAAAGAUGCUGAUCUUGGGGUCGAUAACUUGUCUAAAAUCGAUACGGAGCGAACUGGAGUGCUUGUUGGAACUGGUAUGGGUGGUCUUACAGUGUUCUCUAAUGGAGUUCAAAAUCUGAUAGAGAAAGGUUAUAGAAAAAUAACACCAUUCUUCAUUCCUUAUUCUAUAACAAACAUGGCAUCUGCCUUGCUUGGAAUUGAGCUUGGUUUCAUGGGUCCGAAUUAUUCAAUUUCAACUGCUUGUGCUACCUCCAAUUACUGCUUUUAUGCUGCUGCUAACCACAUCUGUCGAGGGGAGGCUGAAUUGAUGAUUGCUGGUGGAACUGAGGCUGCAAUUAUUCCUAUUGGUCUUGGAGGUUUUGUUGCCUGCAGGGCAUUGUCUCAAAGAAAUGAUGAUCCUCAAACUGCGUCAAGGCCAUGGGACAAAGAUCGAGAUGGCUUUGUUAUGGGUGAAGGUGCUGGAGUAUUGGUAAUGGAAAGCUUGGAACAUGCAAUGAAGCGAGGUGCACCGAUUAUUGCUGAGUACUUGGGUGGAGCUGUUAAUUGUGAUGCUCAUCAUAUGACAGAUCCAAGAGCUGACGGUUUUGGGGUGUCUUCAUGCAUUGAGAGAAGUCUUGAAGAUGCCGGUGUGUCCCCUGAGGAGGUUAAUUACAUCAAUGCACACGCAACUUCAACUCUUGCCGGUGACCUAGCCGAGAUAAAUGCUAUUAAAAAGGUAUUCAAGAAUACAUCUGACAUCAAAAUCAAUGCAACAAAGUCUAUGAUAGGGCAUUGUCUGGGUGCAGCAGGUGGUUUAGAAGCCAUUGCCACUGUGAAGGCCAUCACGACAGGAUGGCUGCAUCCCUCGAUAAAUCAAUUUAAUCCAGAGCCUUCUGUUGAGUUUGACACCGUUGCCAACGAAAAGCAGCAGCACGAGGUUAAUGUUGCAAUUUCGAAUUCUUUCGGAUUUGGUGGACACAACUCUGUGGUGGCGUUUUCGGCCUUCAAACCAUGAAAGUCUGCGUCACUUGGUUCUGCAUUUGUUAGGAAAGAUGGACAGAUAAUGAGCUGUUUAUCCCUUGUCCAAGUUCGAAUUCUUUCAACUUUUUUAUGAUAAAUUUCUUACGUUUUGGUGUUGUAAUAAUAAUUUUAUCUGAAA